AAUCACGCGCAGCACCGCAGCAUCGCGCCACACAAUAGAGCCGCAGAACAAUAGCUGCGCGCGGCGCUUCUUUCCCAGCGUGCGGCGGCGAACAGGGCCUAGUUCGUGCGGAGGGGUAUCACCGGGAGCACGUUUAAAGCGCUGCGCUGCGGUGAGAACGGGCCGUUGUGUGUGUUUUGGACCCCCCCACCCCCAACGGGAGGGAGAUCCGCGGAGCGCGCUGUAACGCGCUGCGGGAGGAGAGCGAGGCGGACUCAGCGCGGAGAGAGAGGCGGACGGAGAGGGGAGUGAAUGGGCACGACUCCGCCAGCAACACUGCACCCUUCACUUCACCGAUAUUCAUCCGUUCUCAACCGAGACAUUUAGACCCACCGUGGGUCCUUCAGGCCAGCCAGCCAGCCCGGGAGCCAGCCGACGCACCGGGAGCCAGCGGCAGCCAGCGGGAUGGGACGCGCCUGAAGCAACAGCAGCAGCGACGGACGAAGAAACAAGGAAGCGGACAGCUAGCUGCGCUCAGCACGGGCUAACGUGGGCUGAUUGUUGGCGGAUACUGAUUCUAAUGACCGACCCAGGAGCAUGCGAGCUGAUUCAGAGAGCUGACUUGUUCGGUGAUGUCGGGCAGUAAGGCGCUGGGCGGUGGGGCCGGCGGGGGGGCGAGGCGCAGGCGGACACGGUGCCGGCGCUGCCAGGCCUGCAUGAGGACGGAGUGUGGAGAGUGCCACUUCUGUAAGGACAUGAAGAAGUUCGGAGGGCCCGGCCGCAUGAAGCAGUCCUGCCUCCUGAGACAGUGCACGGCGCCGGUGCUGCCUCAUACAGCCGUGUGCUUUGCGUGUGGAGAGGCGGGGAAGGAGGACACAGUGGACUCGGAGGAUGAGAAGUUCAGCCUGUCUCUCAUGGAGUGCACCAUCUGCAACGAGAUCAUCCACCCCAGCUGCCUGAAGAUGGGUAAAGCUGAAGGAAUCAUCAACGAUGAGAUCCCAAACUGCUGGGAGUGUCCAAAGUGCCACAAGGAGGGCAAAACCAGUAAGGACCAGGCGGACGGCUCGGGGAAACGCAGGCUGGAUAAUGGCGAGGUGGGCCGGUGGAAGCUCACCGAUGACCCGCCUCCUAAAAAGAAAGCCCCGCCCUCCCUGGAGGAGGGCGGACACAAGAGGAAGAAGGAGAAGGAGCUGCCUCCGGACAGCGGGCCCAAGAAGAAGAUGAAAGGUGGCCACGAGAAACGUCUGAAAAAGAAACCCAAACAGGAAGCGGCGGAGUCCAACGGCCCCUCCUCCUCUGGGGGUGGAGCCGGAGGGCCGCAGGGCUCCUCCACUUCUUCCUCUUCUCAGCCAGGGGGAGGCGGAGGUGUGGGCGGGACGUCGAGCGCUGACCAGCGCUCCCAUCACAGAGAGAAACUGGAGCGAUUCAAGAGGAUGUGUCUGCUUGAGCGCCGGCCCUCCUCAUCGUCCUCUUCCUCCUCCAGCUCCGAGUCUGACUCGGAGUCCGACUCUGACGACUCCCUGAGGGGGGAGCAGGGGGGAGGAUCCUCCCCGUCGUCCUCCUCGCCGGCCCCGCCUCCUCCUGUUGUUUACAGCAACAGCGGCGGCAGCCGGGCGGAGCGGGAGAGGAGGGAGAGGGAGCGGCGUCUGGCUGAGCUCGGCUUCAGUGCCAGCGAGGAGUCGGAGGGGGAGGGAGGGAGGGGGGAGGAAGAGGAGCGGGAGGAUGAGCAGGCGGGUGGAGGUGCCGAUAAGUCCCGGCGGAGAGGGGAGGCGGGGCUGCCUCCAAAGGGACGCAAAGGAGGACUGAUGGAUGGAGAGGAUGAGGACACGCCCACAUCAGACAGGACCAGGAAAAACUCCACCUCCCUUCCCCCGCCCUCACCCCUAUCUUCCAGUCAGAUGCCACCGUCCUCGCAGCAUGACGGCUUCACGGGGAAGCAGCGCAGCAAUGGGCAGGAGGCACGCAACGGACGGACACGAGGAGGGGGCCGGGAGGGAGGGGAAAAGGAGAACGCCAGCGGCGUUUUGAGCAAUCACAGACACAGCGGGGGUGGAGCGGGCGGGGCCAAAGGCAGCGGCAGCCGCAGCAACAAGAUCAGAAACAACAAUAAGAACCAAACAUCGAGGAACAGCGUCUCCUCAUCCUCCUCCUCUAUCCCCACCUCCAAUGGGGGAGGAGGCGGGGCCAGCGCUCUCAUGAUGUCAGCAAUGGCGGCUUCCCCCUGCUCACAGCCGUCCCGCCUCGGCCCACGCUCUCAGAUGAUGAAGCGCAGCCCGCCGGCCGUGCCCUCGCCACCCCGCCCCGUGCAAAUGGAGAGGCAUCUCGUGCGGCCCCCACCUGCGUGCCCAGAGCCCAGCUGCCUGCCGCUGGACUCCGGCGCCGCCCACAUCAUGACACGAGACGUGUGGCUACGAGUCUUCACCUUCCUGACCCACCGAGAGCUGUGUGUCUGCAUGAGGGUCUGCCGCACCUGGAGCCGCUGGUGCUGCGACAAACGGCUGUGGACCCAGAUCGACCUGAGCCGGCAGCGCUCCAUCACCCCCCCGAUGCUGAGCGGCAUCAUCCGCCGGCAGCCCGUCUCCCUCAACCUGGGCUACACCAACAUCUCCAAGAAGCAACUGAUGUGGCUCAUCAACCGCCUGCAAGGUCUGCUGGAGCUGAAUGUGUCGGGCUGUCCGUGGGCAGCGGUCUCCGCUCUGUGUCAGGCAGUCUGCCCCUGCCUGAAGCUGCUGGACCUCAGCAGAGUCGAGGACCUCAAAGACUCUCACCUGAGAGAGCUGCUGGCCCCCUCACCUGACACCAGGACAGCCCACGGUGAAACCAGAGUGGGGCGUUUCCAGAACGUGACGGAGCUGCGAUUGGCUGGUUUGGACCUGACGGACGCGUCGUCGCGCCUGUUGGUGCGUUACGUUCCUCACCUGACCAAGUUAGACCUGAGCCAUUGUGGGAAUAUCACCGACCAGACGGUGCACACGCUCACCUCCCCCAUCUCCCCCCUGAGGGAGAGCCUCACCCACAUCAACCUGGCAGGUUGUGUUAAGGUGACGGAGCAGUCCAUCCCGUUGCUGCGUCGCUGCACCUCCCUGCAGACGGUGGACCUGCGCUCCUGCUCCCUCCUCUCCUCUGACACCGGACAGCUGCUUUCCUUCCCCUCCCACACCACCUCCACUGCCACCUCCUCCUCUUCCUCUUCUACUACCACCACCACUGUCGCUGCUUCAUCCUCCUCCACACCUGCCUCCUCCUCCUCCUGUCCUCCUGAAGACAGAACGCUGCUAAAGAACAGCUAAAGUCCUCCUUCACGUCAUUUGACACUUGAGUCCAGAUGGCCUACGAGCCCGGCCUCGCUCCUCAUUACACUACAGACAGGUGAGGAGGAGGAGCUGUGCAACAUUGCUCCUGAUGCUGGAAGAGUUUGGCUUUGUUGGCGAGUGGUGAGAAGGAGGGACAUUUUUUGGAAAAAGUUGUUGGUUAUAGUUAAAAAUAGAAACCCUGAGCAUGUACAUAUUUGUUCUCUGUAUAAUUUGGGUGUGUGUAUAUAUCUGUAGGUUACUGUAAAUGACCCCUGACCUUUGAAACAUCCCCCACCUUCUUAAACACCCCCAUCUCCUUCCUUCGUUUCCGUCCUUCCACCCUGCGCCCAGUCAUCACACCUGUGAGCCGUCCCCCUGCUCAUCGGUGUCUGCAGAACACAGAACGGUGGCAUCGUGGCGCCCGUCUGUGUGCCCGAACACAAACCCACAGAAAGGUUCAAGCUGUGACAAAGCUCCACGCUGUUCAUGCAGGAAGGUUGCUGCUCGGCUGCCGGUCUCCUCUGCUGCUUUGUGCUAAGCUCAGCUCACCUCUGUGUCGCUCACGUUUAUUUGUGUCCCUCACCUGAAGCUUCGUCACACUACACAUUUUAUUUACUCCUCUGCACAGACGACACUUUCACUCUGCUCAGAUCGAUCGAUCGAUCCCCGCCUCAACGUAAAACCUGACCAAGUUUAUUCAAACCGGUUUGCUCUGAUUGGCGGUUCGCUCCUGAAUUCAGCUAACGUGGCGAAAUCUUCACAUUUACGAAGCAGGAGCCGCUAAAUGAGCAAAGACUAACGUUCGUUAAUCGACUGUUUCUUAAAGCUCAUCAUUUUUCUCCAAACAAAGAAAUCUGAGUAAAACGUGUUUAUAAAUUCUCAAACAGUCUCACAGCAGGUCAUAACUGAAAUCUGACCUCAGCGACGGUUCACCCCGAAAUAAAAGCGACCUAUCAGAGGUUUAAACUUCGCUCGUCUUAAUUGUGACUGCAGCCAACAGCUGAGCGCUGUCCGAACUAUUAAUCAUGCAGCAGAUCAGAGAAAGUUACAAUCACGGAGCAUCCUCGGUGCUUUUGUCCAACACACCAUCCACAACUCAAAGAUGUUCACGGUCACUGUGAUGAAUCACAGACACCGGACCCAGAGGGGAAAUACCGAUCAGUUCCUGUUGAUGGAUUAAUCGAUCAAUAACUCGGACUAGUUUUACAUUUAGGUGAAUCUCAGUUGCUGUUUUUGUAACACUGAUUAUAAACAGCUUGCUGGAGGCAGCAGAGAAACGUUUUGUACCUCAGUGUGGAGCUGAUGAGACCAUGAUGAAUGUAUCACAAACAGCAGGAAUCAAUGUUAGCAGUCCGUGUGAGCAGGAGGGAGCUGAAACCAGCUGCAGAAGAGCCCCAGGUGUCCAGAAAACUGCUGUAUCAGAGACAGAAACACUGAGACCACCUGAGUUCAAUCAUUUUUAAGAAUAAACAUGCUGUCAAAGUUUUUCUGUCACAUUGAGUCUGGAGGAAACGAGUGAAAGAUUACCACCAACUUCCUGUUGCCCUGCAGGUCCUCCAAAGGUUCCUAAACUGUGAUGAAAACUCCUGCAGUCUAAACGGGGGCGUACCUUUGCUCAGCACACAGGUGGCCUACAGCAGCAGACAUUACUCAGAUGAAAAAGGACAGGGUCGUGUUUUUAGCUACUGUAAGUGUUUGCUGUCCAGGUGAACGUGGAGAAAUCUUCACUCCUAAUAUUUGUUAUCCAGCUCCAACAGUCGCGUCUUCAUCGGUCGACCCUGAAACAAAACAGCUGUAGACGAACAGGUGAAGUCGGUAUGGGUGUGAGUCGCUGCUAAAACCUUUCUGUACCUCUACACCCGAUCGAUGGGACGGAGGGAGUUGGGUGGGUUGGAAAGUGGAGCAGGCUAGCAGUUUCCCCGCGCUUCCAGUGUUUGUGCUGAGCAAGGCUAACAGGCUGAUUACUGAAGGGACUCUUCAGCUAUGAUUUUGUUUCCUUGGCAGCAUCGCAGGUGAACUUUGGUCAGGUGUGGUUUGUGUUCAGGUGUUGCUCCUCCCUCUGGGCGUGUGAUCGACCGUGCUGGGUGUGUUUGAAACUGAGCCUCAAUCAUCCCUAUUUGAUUUUUAUAUCUCGUCUCCAUCACCUCCGAUCAGCUUCCUCUGAUCAAUCAUCAGUUUUCUCAGGAGUAUUUGUUGUCUUUAAUUUUUUUGUUUUAAUUUUGUGCCACAGCAGCGCUUCCAUCCGCUCCAAAUGGAGACAUUCCUGUUUUCUAGUAGCUCGCACUCCAUUUUAUCAGCUUCCUGUUGUUGCUGCAUUGUUCAGGUUACUUUGAUUAAAUCUGAAUCUGUUUGCUGAAGAAACCCAUUUCUGCCAGGAAAAGAAAAACGUGUAUGAAAAGGUCUGUCCUGACUUCACUUAGAAAUCUUGUAUGUGUAAUCUUGCUUUUGUGUUUGAACAACCUUAAUUUAGCAUAUCGGUAUCAUAUCCCCAGUUUUUUAUCAUUUGCCAUCAGAUGAUCUUGUGUUUCCUGUCUGGACUCGUCUCAGGUUAUCUCCUAAUUUAGUCACUCUGUAGUUGCGACCUAGAAAACCAAGAUUGUGACUUUGGGUCUUAAAAUUAUAAGCGUUUCAUAAAACAUUUGUUUUCUUGGCUGCAAUGGGCUUCUGUAGUUUCUCGUGGGUGUCACUUAUGAAAAAUAAUUCAGUUGUAUUUGAGCCAAGUUUUAGAUUUUAAUGGAUAAAAGCAGGGAAUUUUAUUAUAAAGACAUACUUUGGUUGCACAGAUGUUUCAUAAGUGGCGCCCAGAUGUUCAGCUGUGACUGUCGGGUUUAUUUUCCAUGUGUGUGAACUGGUUGUUCAUCAUGGGGGGUGGAGGGUGGCUGGGGUCAUAAAUGUUCUUUAUUUCAUACUGUUUGUGUUUUAAAAUGUGCACGACUGCGACACAUCAGACGGCCGAACACAUCACAGCAGUUUAAAUGACUAAAACCUCGUUUUCAGGGUAGAGUCGAGCAGAUGCAUCGGCUCGACAUGUUGGUUAGCUGCAGUCAUUGCUGCUUUAGCUCUGCUGCUCAGAUAUCACUCACACUAUAAAAACUGCCGGACGGCGGUGACAGGGAAACCGCCACAUUUCUCUAGCUAGCUCACAUUAGCUACCACGGCCAGUUUUUAUUUUAUUAUCAACCGGCUAACAGGCUAACAGUGGUUUGUUUUUGGAUAGAGAAAUAAAAACUGGAAUAAAUGAGUGCUGGCUAGUAAAUUAUAUCAAAAAUGAGGGGGAAAUCGGUUAAGUGGUUAACACUCUUGGUAAUUUUCAAAUGAGAAUCCAGAUGGAAAAAUAAAAACAGGAAUAAAUGAAGUUUAAGAAACUAGAUCGAGCAGGAAAUUAGGUUUAUUUAUGUCAGCAGAGCGUUAGCUGGCUAAAAAUGCACCUUUCAGCUAAUGAGCUAACACCAGCUAAUUUAAAUUUAGAAACCAGACAAAAAGUAAACAAAAACAAAUGUAAAAGUAAGUAAAUUACAAAAACUGGGAAAAUGUUUAAUCUUCUUAAGCUAUCUCAGUUAAGGUGUUAGCAAGCUUUGUUCAAAAGAAAUGGAUAUAAAGCUUCUGAAAAUUACAGUUUUUUAAGCUAGCCCACAAUAGUUAAAAUUUAGCUAAAUUAUACGUGUAUUUGUUUUUUUAAAUAUGGUUCAUUAUUAAGCUAAUAAGCUAACACUAGCAACUUUUUUUUUUUUUAACCUACAUUAGUUUCAGAAUAUAUUAGUGUGACAUUUAUCCAGCUGGUUUUAUUCAAAAAUCUAAAAGUUAGUGACUAAAAGGAAAUUUAAGCUCCUAAGCUAGCUAGUGUUAGCUUGUUGGUAUAUGUUAGAAACUCAGUUUUUAGCAUCUGUCUGUUUUAAAUACUUAAAACUGCCAGUGUUGAACUCUGGGAAUCCGAGAAAUCGUGUUUUCACAUAAUCGUUCAGUCGUCGGUUCUGUUUUCUGGUAUGAGUGAAUAUCGCAGCACUGCGGUCGAGGCUUCGGGCUGCUGUCGGCCAUUCAAUAAAAGUAUUAAGGAUGAAUUUUAAAUCGCCGUGACGCCUUGUUCUGCCAUAAAUGCACCAGAUCAACUGUUAAUGUGUGAAUGGGUCAGCUUUUAUAUUUGGGUUUCUUUUUUCUUUUUUUUUGUAUCUGUGACAUUUAUUUUUUGUAUUGUGGGGGUGACAUCUCUCUGAUGCUUCAGCUAGCAACAAGUGAGGAGGUCAAAUCUGAUUGGACGAUAAUUGACUCCUGAAAGUUGUCUUCCCAUCAGAUGUCUGCACUGUCCUCAGGAUCUUAGUAAAAACUGAAUCCUUCAUGUGGUAUUUGAUCUGUUUGGGGUUUGUUUUUGUUUUCUAAGAUGCACUGGAUCAUCAUCGUCAUCCUCGCCUUUUGCCAAAAGUAGUUUUUGUUGUGAAAAGGGGCAUUUUUAUCCUGUUUUCCCUCUGUUGGGUUCUUUUUAUACUUUGUCCAUGACUCUUCCAUUGUGUUGAUGUUUUAAAAAAAAAAAAAAAAAAAAAAGAGGAAGAUGUUGGAAUGAACAGUAAAUACACACAAAAAGACUCAAGGCAGCUACGUAUGAGUGACUACUGUAAAAUGACUAAUAAAGAAGCAAUGGGUUUGUUUUUA